AUGUAUAUCUCUGGCAAAGACAAGCUAGGGUAUAUUAAUGGUGACUUUCCCCAGCCACCACCGACUGAUCCCUACUUUUGCAAAUGGUGUGCUGAUAACGCUAUUAUUAAAGGUUGGUUAAUUACUUCUAUGGACCCAUCUCUGUUUGGCAAUUUUAUUCGCUUUCCUAUAGCAAAGGCAGUGUGGGACUCCAUUGCAACUACCUUCUUUAAUGGAAGUGAUACAUCACAAGUGUAUGAUCUUCGAAGACGUCCAAAUCCCAUGGAGUGCUCUGUUGAUAUUCAGCAUUAUAAUAAGAUCACCCAGGAAGAUCGGGUAUAUGUGUUCCUGGAUGGCCUUGAUGACCGACUAGACAAAAUACGUGCAGAUGUUUUACAGAUGAAACCUUUUCCCUCAGUAAAGCAAGCAUAUGCACAUGUUAGGCGAGAGGCUAUACGGCAGCAGGUCAUGACCAGUCACAAUACUGACGGGAUACCAGGGGCUGCCUGUAAACAUCACAAUGGAGUUGGUACCACUGGAAGUCUAGGCAAGGCUGCGGUUGCUGUUGCUACUGAGCCUCACCUUUCUCUCAUACAACCAGUUCCAACAUCCAGCCACAGUGAUGCAGCUUGUAAUGCAUGGUUUCUCGACUCAGAGGCCACCGAUCAUAUGACAUUUGAUGCCUCAGAUUUCUCUCAUACAUCCUCCCCACGCCGAACCAGCAUCGCCAAUGCAAAGGUGGAUAUUCUCACCAAAGAGAUAAUUGGGCGUGAUACUAAGAGGGGGGACUAUAUUAUGUGGACGAUCUCAAUAUCGAUUUCUGAUUUGAAGUGUGACACUUGUAUUUUGGCUAAAAGCCAUCGUGCUACUUAUCAAUUAAGCAUGAAUAAGAGUGACACUCCAUUUGCUUUAAUACACUCUGAUGUGUGGGGACCCUCACAGUAUAGAGCCACCAUCAAGGUUCUCCACUCCGAUAAUGGUGGUGAAUAUGUAAAUAAGCACCUUAAGACUUAUUUCAAUCAACAUGGUCUCAUUCAUGAAACUUCAUGGUCACAAACACCCCAACAGAAUGGUGUCGCGGAGAGAAAAAAUGAACACAUUCUUGAGACUGCACGUGCUCUGCUUUUUGGCGCUUAUAUGCCUCAACGCUUCUGGACUGAUGCAGUAUUUACUGUAGUUCAUCUUCUCAACCGAAUGCCUUCUAAGGUGUUAUCCUUUCAGACUCCACUUCAAUACCUUUCUACUUAUGUGACACUCCUAAAUGCAUUAAUGCUCCCUCUUCGGGUCUUUGGAUGCGUCGCAUAUGUAUACCUUCACAAGAACCAGCGCUCUAAACUUGAUCCCUAUGCACAGGCUGACAUGUUUUAUUCCCUUUCGGCAUCUACUUCUCCUCUUCAGGGAGAGACACAUAAUGAAAAGAAUGCUGAGUUACUUCACGAGAGGCCAAAUGACAACCUUGGCGUUGUCCACUAUGACACUGAUAUACAAUCUAAUGGGCAGAUUGAUACCUAUCCUAACAUGGAGCAUACUCCUACCAGCGUUAAUGAGGCAUUAACAGAUCUGAAAUGGACCCAAGCGAUAAAUGAAGAAAUGGAGGCACUACUAAAGAAUAAUACAUGGACUCUUGUCCCAUUACCCGAAGGAAAAAGAACAGUGGGUUGCAGAUGGGUGUUCUCUGUUAAACACAAAGCAGAUGGAUCUGUUGACCGAUAUAAAGCAAGAUUAGUAGCAAAGGGAUACACACAGACGUAUGGUGUGGACUAUCAGGAAACUUUCUCACCUGUUGCCAAGCUGAAUACAAUCAGACCUUUACAUCAACUUGAUGUAAAGAAUGCUUUUCUUCAUGGGGAACUCAAAGAGGAGGUGUAUAUGGAGGUUCCUCCAGGUUACACAACACCUUUCAAGACUGAAAUGGUGUGCAAAUUGCAGCGAGCUUUAUACGGACUAAAGCAGUCACCACAAGCAUGGUUCGGAAGAUUCAGUUUAGCAAUGAAGAAAUAUGGCUUCCAACAAGGUAACUCUGACCACACUUUGUUUCUAAAGCAAAAGUUAGGGAAGGUAACUGCAUUGAUAGUUUAUGUAGAUGACAUAAUUAUAACAGGAGAUGAUGUAGAAGAAAUGUCUCAGCUUCAGAAACAGUUAGCAACUGAAUUUGAGAUGAAAAAUCUAGGAGGACUAAAGUAUUUUUUGGGAAUUGAAGUUGCCCGAUCUAAGCAAGGUAUAUUUCUCUCUCAACGAAAAUACAUAUUAGACCUACUAACAGAAGUAGGAAUGUUGGAAUGCAGACCUGUAGACACACCCAUUGUUCAGAACCACAGACUUGGAGAAUACCCAUACCAGGUAUCAGCUGAUAAAGGGAGAUAUCAAAGGUUAGUUGGUAAACUUAUUUACCUCUCCCACACUCGGCCAGAUAUUGCAUAUGCGGUAAGUGUUGUGAGCCAAUUCAUGCAUAAUCCAAGCAACAGUCACAUGGAAGCAGUGACUCGGAUACUCCAAUACCUGAAGUCAUCCCCAGGCAAGGGGCUCAUGCUCUUAAAACAUGAUAAUCAGUUGAAGGUUGAUGGAUAUACGAAUGCAGAUUGGGCAGGUAAUAUCACUGACAGAAAAUCAACCUCAGGGUAUUUUACAUUUGUAGGAGGAAAUCUUGUAACCUGGAGAAGUAAGAAACAAAAGGUGGUAGCAUUGUCAAGUGCUGAAGCUGAGUUUAGAGGAAUGUCUAAAGGUAUCUGUGAACUUCUUUGGUUGAGAAAGCUACUUGCAGAGAUUGGAUUUGCCCCCACUUCUGAAAUGGACCUCUUCUGCGAUAAUAAGGCAGCUAUUUCCAUUUCCCACAACCCUGUCCAACAUGAUCGUACUAAACAUGUGGAGGUAGACCGUCACUUUAUCAAAGAGAAUCUUGAAGCAAAGAUAAUUCGAUUUUCAUUUGUGAAAUCCAAAGAUCAGUUAGCUUUUACAACUCACUUGGCAAGUUGUGCAUGCGAGAUAUCUAUGCACCAACUUGAGGGGGAGUGUUGGUGUGAGCUGUAA